CAAUGAUAUAAGUUUGAAAAACACUUUGAAGAAGAUUUUGGAGAGAUUUGGGAAUACAAUUUGAUACCAAUUGCAGCGAUCCUAGUGACAAAAGAUGGAACCAAAAUAAACAAAUAAACCCCAAAUUGAGCCUCUUCUAAUUAUAUUAUGCAAUUAUUGUCUUGUCAUCACAUCAAUAUAAAUGUUAUACAUUUAUUCCUGAAAUAAAAUCACAUAGUGAAGGCCUGUGAGGCCCUGUGUUGAGAAAGUUGCGCCUUAGCAACCAAACAUAGCAACACAGUAAACACAAGCACCAAACAAAGUUCAUUUCAACAAUAAACAUCAAGAAGCAAACAGGGAGAAAAGAAUCAUGGCACAAGCUCAAAAAGUAAAGGAUCCAGUAAAUUUUGUUCAUCAAAAUGCAAUUCUGUGUGAAACUAUAGGAAAAGAGAACAAGACACAGAUUUUAUACAAGAACUACAGUGUAAAUCCAUUCAAAAAGAUUCACAUCAUCACAGGGAAACCAAACUCCUCACAUGACACAGAGGAGGGGGAAGAGGACACACACUUCAGGAAGGUGAUUGGGCGUGCUCAUCAGGAACCCGUGAAAAAAUAUUCAUAUCCCCAAACAGAGGCUCAAGAAGUUGGCUGGAUCACUAGACCACUGAUUGAUUCAGAUAGAGGAGAUAGGCGAUUACACUAUUACAGACAGAACUCUGAAAUCACAAAAUAUAUGGAUGCUGCUUGGCGAUUCAAAGAACAAGCUGAAAAUCUCAAUUAAUGUCUUCUUACGUAUACAAGUGACAAUUUGCAAGGAAAUAUGAACUCUGAAGGAGAAUUUCUUGCCCUUUAUUUGCUCAAUAAAGCAUAGAGACAAAGUUUUAGCAUAAAUAUGGAACCAAAGAAUCUGUUUAUAUCAGAUACUGAUCAGCUGACAUUUUCACAGCCUCCAUUAAAUUUGGAGUGAGAUUGUGGAACGAAUGGACAUGUUUAUUGUUUCAUUGAAGUAUAAUGCUAGUCUGUUAUUGUUAUUAGAAUACUGAUCACUGCAAAUCUAGUAAUUUU